ACAAAUCCCAGAAACCAAAAACCAAAAACCAAGAAAUUGGAGAGAUAAGAGACACUCAAACAGGGAACCCUAGAAGACUUUUAUCAAACAUGUGGUGGAAAGACUUGAGAGCUACUUUAAGCCAAAGAAUCAACGUUGAAGGAAUUGGUUCGUCGGCUUCCGUGCUUGUUAAGGACCAGCAUUUGGCUCUGCCUCAUGUUUUAGUGCCUGAUAUAAGGUACAUUGAUUGGGGAGAUUUGCAAAGGAGAGGCUUUAAAGGUCUCUUCGAGUACGAUCAUGACGGUUCAAAAGCCAGUGCACUUGAGAAGGCAAUUGGAAUUAAAGUAAUAAGGCACAGGGUAAAGAAACCUGCUGGAACAGCUGAAGAAAUUGAAAAGCACUUUGGAUGCAAAUCCUCACAACUUGUAAUGGUGGGUGAUCGGCCCUUCACAGACAUUGUUUAUGGAAACCAAAAUGGCUUUUUGACGGUAUUAACGAAGCCACUGAGUCUUGCGGAGGAACCAUUCAUUGUUAGGCAGGUGCGGAAACUAGAAAUGUCUCUUUUGGACUAUUGGCUUAAAAGAGGAAUGAAGCCAAUCAGUCAUAAUCUACUACCAGAUGCCAUGGAAUGUGUAAAAGAUCCACCAUCUUUGUAGGAAAACUUUGGUGCAAAAUCUUGUAACUACCAAUGAUGCUCAGCAUCAAGGAAAGAAGGAUUCAGAGCUAAUGCGCACCUUCCACCCUUGAGGAAUAGUGAAUCCUUCACAUUCAAUGUCAACGAUGGCUUCUCUAAAGGAGGCAAAGAUAGGAGGGAAAAGCCGCAAGCUUUCACGGGCAACUUGCCAUGUACGUGUCAUCUUCAUGUCUUCCAAUGUUAGAUACCCUACAGGUUUCCUCUUGCUCAUUAUGUCAGCAAUGUUCUGCCAAGAGUAAUAAUAUACACCGAAUUUAGUAGAA